CAUUUCACUUCCGAAAAGUCUUCUUACAUCAGGAUCAACAUCGUGUACAAAAAAUGAUUUUGAAAACCGACUGAGAAAAUUACAAUAACGCUCGUUUGUUUGAUACGGAGAUUUCAGAGGAUAAACGACAACAGGACACCGAGAGUUUCAACAAACAAAUCAUAUAAUUAUGGCAUCGCCUGAGAUUAAAGAGUGCCUCAGGAAGAACUCAUCGGGUGUUUCAUUAAACACAAUAUUAAAAGAAGCAUCUCCAGAAUCAAAAUGUCCAAUAUGUCUGGAUCACUUCAAAAACAUAUCUUAUCUUGAUGUGUGCCUACAUAAAUUUUGCUUCUCGUGCAUUCACGAGUGGUCCAAGAACAAAGCGGAAUGCCCUUUAUGCAAACAGCCAUUUAACUCCAUCUAUCACACCAUCAAGGCCGAAAAUGACUACAAGCGGUUUGACCUACGACCAACUGAAAAUGGGUCCUUUGGCAACAUGGCAGGGCAAAGAUUCAGGUAUCGUACCACACUUACAGGCGACCGCAGACCAGCACCUAGGCGGACGUCUCCUCCCCCUGAUCAUGGAAUUUUAUUUGAGGGUCUGAGUGGAUCUCUUCCACAACAGCACAACCGAGAUCUCCAUCGCAUGAUGAGGAGAUUGGCAGCCAGGCAGCGGGCAGAGAGUGAGGGCAGGUCCGUGCGGAGUCUUCACGAACAAGAGGUGAUUAAAUUCAGACGGGCUUUGUACAGAAGAGGUGUGCGAGUACAAAGGGUGCAGGACGGUGGCCGUACCAGGGAGACCUCUGCAGAGUUCUUCAAAAGGAACCCUGCUUGUCUCCACAGGCUUGUGCCAUGGUUGAGACGGGAGCUUACUGUUCUGUACGGUAGCCAUGGAUCCCUUGUCAACAUAGUGCAGCACAUUAUUAUGACUCUGAUCACUCGACAUAACUUGGAUGACCAGGCUGUCAUACAUGAGCUUAGGCCCUACUUGCUGUCCCGCACAGAACACUUCUUACAUGAGUUUCUUAGCUUUGCUCAAUCCCCAUUCAACAUGGGAGCAUAUGACCAGCAUGCUAUCUAUGACUUGCCUGGCCCGUCCGCUGAGAGUAGCAGUUCAGAUACCUCUGUGAUCGCCAUCUCUGAGGAUGAGAGUGAUUCUUUAAUGCCAGGAGCUCAGGAUUAUGCCACUCCUAGGGUUACCUUAAGCCAAGCAGCAUGGGAUGAUGAGACACCAGGACCAUCAUACUCUUCAGAACCUUCUCAGGUUUUACCUUUCCUCGUGAGGGACAACGAAGCAGUAGUGUCUGAUGAGCCACAUCAGGACCGUCAAGUAAAUGCUGACUCUACUGCAUUGGUAGGGGAGCAUUCCUCUGACAGUGAUGAAGACUGUGUUAUUAUUGGCUAUGUUAAGCCUGCGGCAGAAAGGACACCAGAACUUGUCCAGCUUUCCUCCGAUUCAGAACAGAGUGAGCAGAACGGGGGACCAAAAAGCCCACGAUCACCCCAACACAUUCGUUUUACUUCAGAGCCUGAUUCGCCACCCUCCGUCACUCAAAGCCUUUCAAGGGGGUCAAAGAGAGGGUCUCACUCGCCUGACGACACCACGCAAAUGUCAUCCAAUCGUCAUAGACAAGAAUAUGACAAAAGCCAUCUUAAAAGGAAGUUGACAGGAUCUAGAGAACGAUCCUCACACAACAACAAGACACACUCUUGCUCUCAUAGCAGAAAGCACCCAUUCUCUAAAGAGGAUAAGCAUAAGUGGAGACAAGAAGAGGAGACCAGUCACCGCACUUCAUCUUUUUGGCAUUCAUAUAGCCAUUACAGUAAGAGAGAUAGUGGCAGGAGAUAUUAUACAGAGACAUGCUCAUCCUACUCCAGCUAUUACAGAAAUGUAUAUAAUCGCUCACGUUCUCGAUCACAUAGUAGAAGGCGAAGCAGGGAGCGUCGGGACAGAAGCCACUCAUGGAGCAAUUCUAGAAUAAGCUCCAACUCCUCCAACCGUCAUGACAGAAGUUGCUCAAGGAGCAAUUCUAAAAUGAACUCCAACUCAUCCAGCCGCCAAGGCAGAAGCCGCUCAAAGAGCAAUUCUAGAGUCCGGUCCUCUCAUCAGACGUCACGACAUGACGAAUCUGGCAAGAAGAGAAAGUACAAAACAAAGCAUCUAGAGGAACCCUCUGGGGAGAGUUCUAGAAAAUUAUAUGCUGAGUCUGCUGAUGAUUGUGCAAAGAAGAAAAACAAGAAACAUCAUAAGAAGUCCAAGAGGAAAAGUAGGAGUCCAAGCACGGACAUUGUUUAUGAUGACAAAUCUGAGAGGCACAAUAGGAAACAUCACAAGAAGAAGAAACACAAGAGGAAAAGUAAGAGACGUAAGAGUAAGGGGAGGACGGACAAGCCCAGCCCUGUUUUCAUUACAAUUACCUCUGACAGUGACAGUACUGACCCCACUCUACCCUCAAGCAGUAGUAUCUGUGCAUCUAGCUCCACCGUUGUAGACAGUGCUACAGAAAGUAAGCUGCUUGAGUCCAGUUUCCUAGACAUGGGGCAACAAGGAACUGCUGGUGUUGAAAAUAGUGCUGUCGGUGAUGCAGGAAAUCACCCCCAAAUAGAUUAGUGUCAUGCCAGGGUAUGAGUUCAUAUGGUAAAACGAACUGUUAUUGAACUCCUCAGUGAAGAUGUGACAAAGGACUGUUGUUGUUAUACCCAAAUGUUUAUUUUGUGUAUGUUUUAGCUUAUAAAUAAAGGGAUAGGUUUUAGAUGUAAUGUGUUAAUCUUUAUCUGGGGUUUCUUUUUUUAAUUAUGUAAAAAGAUGUGUUGAAGACAUUUGCACUUAUGAAAAUGUAUACACCGCAAGCUCUCUUAUACAAAUAUUGUGCCUAAAUAGUUAUGUAAGCUUACAACAUUAAAUACACUAUAUGACAUCAAGAUAUGCAAUGAAUAUACACAACAGAAUGGUCUUAUUUUGCAAGAGUGUUAAUAAUCACCACUUUGCAGUGUUUUAAAGUUGUUGUUUUUUUCAUGUGGCUGUCUAAAAUACAUUGAAAUGGAUCAUA